AUGCCGACGCCAACACGGCGACCAACGCUACAGACGCAACGCACCUCGAUCUCACCCAAAGAGUUGAUGCUCGACGGACAUGGCGUCAGCGAUCACUCGACGCCACUGUUCACGGCCGACCAGGUCCCGUCCACCGUGUCCACGUUCGAAACCAACAGAGUCCCAAAUCUCUCGGCCCCGGACACCGCCGCCGGCGAACCAUGGAUUCAAAUCCCUCCGGAACACCCCUUUGUCAGCCACACGAUCUCGACGGAGUCGACCGCAGGCGAAUCGUCGGAGCCUUCCAGUCAGCAGAGGCCUGGGCCGCAGACGCACACUGCCACGCCUCAACAGCAGCACCAAGCCCUGCCGCGGCCGGUUGACACACCAUCUGACUCCGGCACCUACUCGUGCCCGUACCAGGAUUGCCACCUGAGAUUCGACACACAAGUCGAACUUAAAAACCACAAGAAAGGUCAUAGGCCAUCGUCAUCGGGAGGGGCAAGCGUGGUCGUGCGCAGCUCGCAAGCUGGGCCGCACCGAUGCGACCGAAUCAAUCCUGGCACGGGCAAGCCUUGCAACUCAAUCUUUUCUCGGCCCUACGACCUUACGCGACACGAGGAUGCUAUUCACAACCCUUGUAAAGAAAAAUUUCUUUGCCAUUCGUGCGCGAGGCCUUUUACACGGCACGACGCGCUGACGCGACAUCAGCGGGCCCGACAUAGGGGUUGA